CUCCGUCGCCCCCCUCCCCCUCCCUAAAAAAAAAAAAAAAUUAGCGCGAGCGAGAGAGGAGGGGGGGCUCGCGGCGAAAAAUAAAUAAAAUAAAGAAAACGGCAGGAGCGGCUCCAGCCGGCGGCGGCAGCGGCGGCGGCAGCAGGGCAGCGGCGGCGGCGGCAGCCGAGGCGGAGGCAGGCGGCAGGCAGGGUCCCCUCGCUCCCCGCUCGCCCCCGGCGCCCGGCCGGCCGCCUCCCCCCCGCCCCCCGCCUCUCUCCCCGGCAGCCCGCAGCGAGACGCGCCGCUCCCCAGCACUUUUUUGGGCCCGAGAUAUGGCAAUGGUAGUUAGCAGCUGGCGAGAUCCGCAGGAAGACGUGGCCGGGGGCACCCCGAGCGGCCCCAACCCCGCCGCGGCGCAGCCGGCCCGGGAGCAGCCGCCCCAGCAGCAGCAGGGGGGUUCGGCCGCCCCGCACACCCCGCAGACCCCCAGCCAGCCGGGACCCCCCUCCACGCCGGGCACGGCCGGGGACAAGGGAGCGGGCCAGCAAGGCUCGGGGCAGAGCCAGCAGCACAUCGAGUGCGUGGUGUGCGGGGACAAGUCCAGCGGCAAGCACUACGGCCAGUUCACCUGCGAGGGCUGCAAAAGUUUCUUCAAGAGGAGCGUCCGCAGGAACUUAACUUACACAUGCCGCGCCAACAGGAACUGUCCCAUCGACCAGCACCACCGCAACCAGUGCCAGUACUGCCGCCUCAAGAAGUGCCUCAAAGUGGGCAUGAGGCGGGAAGGUGAAUAUUUCUUCCCUACUAUGCUAUCGCUCCCCUCUCCCCGCGGCUCUGCGAGGCGUGCGUGUGCCAGGGCUCUCCGUCUGUGUGUCUCUCUGCCUGUGCAUACGCGCACACACGCGCACCUAUAUGCGUAUACAUAUAUAUACAGGCGCGCACACGCGUGCGGAUACCGACAGCGAUAUAGAGAUUUAUAUAUAUAUAUAUAUACACGUAUAUAUGUGUACGGCUCUCCGCGGCGAUCUAGGUCUCUCUGUAUUUCCGUGCACAUGUCAAUCUCUCCCUCUGCCUGCACUCCAUCUGGCAGCUUUGCGCCAGGUUUUGUUGUUAUUGUUGAUGGUGGUUGGUGGUGUUUUUUGGCUGAGCUGUCAAGGCCUAGGAAGAGGGAGCGGGAGGCACGGCUCAAUGCCGUCGGUGACCUCGCCUUGCAGGGGCUGUGCGGCAGACCCUCCACCAAGGCUGAUGGGCCCGUCAUGCUGGCCUACCCUUUUUUGACACACCUUUUCCCAUCAGCUGGAGUUUCUGCCAAGUUCACACCUUGCUGCUUGCUCUUAGGCACCGUGGGCAUGGAUUGA